GUUGACUUUGACGUUGCCAUACUUUGAUGUUUUCUUUUAGAACGUGUGUUUGGUUAUACACGAGUGUUAUUUUCCAAGAUCGUAAUAAAAAAUAAAUUGUUUACGCAAUGGCCAAAUCUAUACGCAGUAAAUGGAAGCGAAAAUGCCGUGCACUCAAGCGCGAACGUUAUGCAGUGAAAGAACUAGCCCGAUUGAAGAAAAUGCUCGGUAUUAAAGAGGAAGAAAAAGUUACAGAAAAGGAGGUUAUGGAGUCUGACCAAGUAAUAUAUUUUGAUGCUGCCCAGUUGAAAAAGGACAAAAAGAAAAAAAAUAAAGAGCCUGAACCAGAGGAAGAUCCCGACGUCGAAAUGAGCUCGGAUGACGAGAAAGUUGAAAUUUCAGAUGAAAAAGGCGAAAAGCGAGUUUUCAGCACAAAAACAUUAAAAGAUCAAAACGGACAGUAUCCAGUGUGGCUACAUAAAAGGAAAAUCGCAAAAUUAACGAACAGCAAGAAAAAGUUAAAAAGGAAAACGAAGAAACGUAAAUAAAUAAAUGAUAG